CUGUUAUUUAAUUGUAUGGCUAUAAUUUCCUUGAUUUUGUGUUUUUCUUUGUGUUUUAGAGUUGUCAAUUUACAAACCAAGAAUGGUGCCACGCCACUUUACCUUGCAUGUCAGGAGGGCCACCUGGAAGUUGUCCAGUACCUAGUGAAGGACUGCGGGGCGGAGCCAAGUAUCAGAGCCAAUGAUGGGAUGACACCAUUGCACGCUGCUGCCCAAAUGGGACACAACACUGUCAUUGUUUGGCUGAUGAGUUUCACCGAAAUCAGCCUAGCUGACAGAGACAAUGAUGGGGCCAGUGCCAUGCACUUUGCUGCCAGCCGUGGCCAUUCCAAGGUUCUCAGCUGGCUCCUCUUGCAUGGUGGGGAAAUAGUGACAGACAGCUGGGGUGGUACACCUCUUCAUGACGCUGCUGAGAAUGGAGAGCUGGAGUGCUGUCAAAUUCUGGUAGUGAACGGAGUGGAUAUGGGAUUACGGGACCAGGAUGGAUUCUCAGCAGGAGACCUAGCUGAAUACAACGGGCAUCAACAGUGUGCCAAGUACCUCCGCACUGUCGAAAACAUGAGUGUGGAACACAGAGUCUUGUCACGCGACCCUUCGGCAGAUCUGGAGAAUAAACAACCUGACUCAGGCCUCUCCUCUCCCAACGCCACCCUGCCCACCCCAGCCCCCCCUGCGGCCCACUUUGACAUCUGCUCGCCCUCCAGCUCGCUGUCCAAUUACGACUCUGCAAACUCCAGCCAAUCCAGUACUGGAGAGAAAAGGAGUGGCACGCCUCCCUCAAGAGUUCCGACAGGAGGUGCAGAUUCGACCAUUACAGACAUGCAGACCUAUAUGGACAUGCUGAACCCUGAUGUAGCAGGAAACUCCCAGAAUGCAAAGGACCCGUCACACCUGCCACCCCCUCCAACGUUUCCCCCACCCCCACCUCCGUCCGAUUCCUCCCAUUCACCACCCCCGCCACCUGCCUACCCCCCACCCAAACCACCAGAGGAGGAAGCGUCCGCCGAAUACUUGAAGGUGAAGAGGAACCUUCGGAGAGUGGAGAAUGAAGCUGUCAAAAAAGAGGAGUUGAAUCCUGGCGAGAGCCACGAAAGACUUCGAAGAGUCGACUCUAAUCGGAAGUCUCGUAGCUUCAGCAAGCAGCCCAGCACUGGGGAUUACUACAAAACCCUGGGUAGCGAUACCACGGACCAGUACCCCAACAGAGCCAUGGCACCCAACGAGGAGGGUUCUGCACUGUUGGAGGACUCUGCAGACAAAGCCCCUGCUCCCGAGAACGGGACAGGAACCGCAGAGGAUCUACCCCUUCCUCCUCCACCACCUCCCCCACCCAGCAGCACCUUCAUCCCUCCUCCCCCUCCUCCUCCACCUCUUCCAUCGGAUCUGCCCCCUCCUCCUCCCCCAUCAACCAGCACACCAGCCCCUUCCCAGCGGCGCAUGUCUUCCUCCUCCAGCAAAGUAGAUCUUUCUUCUACGCAUCUGUCUCCCUCUGUCAACCCGGCUCCAGAAACACUGCGUCAGAGGAAGAGCAAUAAAUCCUUCAACAUGAUGUCCCCCACUGGAGAUAAUUCUGAGCUUCUGGCCGAAAUUAAAGCUGGGAAGAGUCUGAAGCCGACACCUCAGACUAAAGGCUACACGACCGUAUUCUCUAACAGCGGCCCCGCGGGGAACAACGAGGAACGUCCAUCAUCGCCGCCACAGCCUCUGCCAAAACCCCAGUCCAACGACACCCAGUCCGCGAAGCCAGAAUCUCCACCGCCUGUUUGCCCACCCACGCCACCCACUCCCACCACCAGCAGCGGGUCACCCCAGAACCUGUCCAUUUCACAGAGCAGCUCGCAGCUCGCAGCCACCGUCAAUGGAAAUACUGCUGUUGGCCAGAGCAAAUCCAGUGUGGUGGAUGUUGAGAAUCUGGUGCCCACACAUGACGAGCAGGGCCGAGCCAUCCCAGAGUGGAAGAGACAGGUGAUGGUGAGGAAACUACAAGUGAAGAUGCAGGAGGAGGAAGAGAACAAGAGAAAGAUUGAGGAAGAGGCGGCCCGUCUGGCUUCCUUGCCUGCCUGGAGGAGAGAUAUUAUGAAGAAAAAGAUGGAUGAAGAAAAUGAUAAUAAGGAACAGAAAAGAAAAGAGGAGGAACGACAGCGAAAAGAGAAAGAGAACGAGGAGAAGUCGGAACUGGAGCGACUACGAACACUAGGCUAUGAUGAAACCAAGCUGGCGCCGUGGCAACGGCAGAUCAUUUUAAAGAAAGGCGACAUAGCGAAACAGUAGUAAACACACACUCAUCAGUCACUCUUGCACAACUCUCCGCUGACACGGGUCAGAAUCUGCCAGACCCUUUACACGCAAACCACGGACAGGUCACCAGACCUCCUUCUGCUUUCAUCAUCACUUCUUCAGAUGUAGCCCUGAAGAUGCUCCGUUGAAGAGUGAAAAUGAAUUAAACUAAUGUUUUAUGGUCAGGUCUUAUGUAUAUGAUUAUUUAGCAGUCUUGAGAACUAAAAAAAGAUUGUUUUUCAGAAAAUAUUUUUUAGCACUCCCCCCACCUGAUACGUUAGCUUCACGCUUCCAGCUUCACACAUGCGUGUUUUACGUCUCAUUUCAAAUCUCUAGUAGUAUUUUUAUGUAUAGAUAGAUAAUAUAAGUCAAGGAAAUGUACUCUGCUUGGAUGCUUUUUUAAAUUUACUUCAUGUGGUCAUAAUCUACGAUGUAUGAUAGUUCUGAACAAGUGCAUAAAAUAAGUGAUGCGUUGUGUUAUGGUACAUCUAUAUUUCUUUACAUUAAAUAAUCGUGCAAUUUGGAAAUAUCAAGUAUACAUACUUCACCAGUAGGAUGUUAGAACAAUGGGUUCAUUGUACAUAACGCAACAGCAAUAUUUCACCAGAAGAUGAUGUCGGAGAUCAUAACUGAUAUUUGGCCAUAGCAAGUCUUCCCAGACCUUUCCAUCAAAACGGCGCUAAAACCCAUAAGAAGCCAAUGUCUUAAAUACGCUAUUAUCUUUAAUUGAAAAGUCAUCUGUGCUGAGAUUUACAUAGGAAGUUUACAUUGGGAAAUGAUGUUGGUAGCUUAACAUGUCAUGAAAUCAUGACUUUGUAUUCAGCCAUGCUGUGGUCCCCCAAAAAAUAAGCUUUUUUUUAUUUCUCAGCUUAUUCUCUAUUGUUAAUGUGUUUAGAGUAACUAGACAUCAGAAAAGUGCCGGAUGUGAAUCUGUACGUGUGCGUGCAUGUGUGAGAAAGUAUAUGUGUGUGCAUACACAUGCAUAUAAAUGUCAUUUGUCUGUCUUGUGUCAUACACUGUGCGUUGGUUAGAGUUGAUGUAUUUUAAGUGUUUUUUUUUUCUGUACAACUGUAAAAAAAAAAAAAAAAAAAAAAAUGCAUGGCCCUCCUUGAGUUUGGGAACGUUCUGCUUUUAUCAGAUGCCAUAAUGAUGCUGAAAUCAAAGAUGUGAUCGCCAUUGCCAUUCGAAGAUUUUCUAUUCAUAAUUACUCCAUACAGAAAUGCUUGUAAACUCCUACGGCCCUAUAAUAUCAGUUACAUGUUUUUUUUUUUGGUUUUUUUGUCUGUUUUCAGCCUGACUUUCAUAGGCAGACUAUUGUACACUUUUAACUUUCCCAGUGGCAAAACAAGUAAUGUAAUAAAAAUAAUUAAAAGUAAUGUAAAUAAU